AUGAAUAAUAAAUUAAUAUAGACUCUCAAAAAUAAACUUCAAAUUCAGGAUAGCCAAAUCAAACUACUCCAGUUCUAUAAAAAGUACUGUUUGCCAACAUCUCAAACAUCAAGUAAUAAAUCCACAUCAUAAUAUAGAUUCCAUUAAGACAUUAUAAAUGAAGGCCUACUUUAACUUGAUUAUGAACAAAUCCUUCUUCUUCGGAGGACCCUUUUGUAUUAAAUAUGGCAUAAACAUGGUUUCGAACCCAGCCACGAUUAUGUACUCCCCUAUAUUUUUCAUUGGUUAUGGAGUUUGUAAGUAUUAUAUUAUAAAAUAGGUUAUUCUGCCUAUGUGUACUUUGAAGGGUUGAGGAAUAGAAACUUAUCUGAAAUCAACAUUUUGGCUCUGAGAGAAAUGUCUCUGCAAACAUAUGAACAUUUAUUAUAUUUGGAUGCAGAAUUUCAUUUAAACACAUCCUCUAGAUCUAACAUCUAUUCGCUCUAUAAAGCACAGAAAGGAAUUGAAUCAAACUUGAGAUCUUUGAACUAAUAUUUCUUGCCUCUUUUAGCAGACAUUUCAUUAACAACUACCAUACUCUGUUUUAAUUUUGGUUGGCCAUUUUUUACAUCCUUUCUGGCCACAUUUGUUGCUUACUCGGCAUUCACAAUUCGCUAUUCAAAUGUAUGAUUUUUGAUGAUCUAUUUAUUUAGUAUAGAAGAAAGAUUAUAUCACAAAGAAAGAAACAAGAAAAAUUGGCUGAUUUUACAAUAUCUCAGGCGUUGGAUAAUCUAUUCACAGUCAAAUAUUUUAGUGCAGAAAAAUACGAGUUAAAAAGAUACAACAACUUGCUAGAAGUAACUGAUAAAAAUAAAUAACUUAGAAAUUGCAACAAUCAUCAAUCGACACUUUCAAGACAUUAGCAACACUCAAUGCCAUCUAAAGAUUAAUACUUUCUAUAGGAUUGACAGUGAAUUUAGUCUUAGGAGUGAGUGGAGUCUAAGCUGGCAUAAUCACUCCAGGAGAUUUGAUUCUUAUUUAAUCUCUCAUGCUUCAACUGAUUCAACCCUUAUUUCUAUUAGGAACAAUGCAUAGAGAAUGGGUUGAAUCAGCCAUUGACAUGAAAGAUCUGUUGUAGAUAAUGACGAGAGUCCCCAAAAUCUAGGAUUUACCCGAUGCUAAGGAUUUCAUAUACAAUACAGGUUCAAUUAAUAUCUAGGAUAUCUCUUUUGAGCACACUUAAAAUAAAUAAUUGUUUAAGAAUUUUAAUUUGCAAAUUAAAGGGGGAGAAUGGAUUGUCAUUGUGGGUGAAAGUGGAAUAGGAAAAUCCACAUUAUUUAAUUUAAUAGUAAGUAUUUCAGACUAAACAUUUAGUUCAGGCUGUUGGACCCUUCUUAAGGAAACAUUUCGAUUGAUGGUCAGAAUAUCAAGAGUUUGAAGUUGGAAUCAUUUCGAAAAUAUUUUGGAAUAGUUGCAUAGCAAUCGUACUUCUUUAAUGAUUCCAUCAAAAACAACCUUUUAUAUGGUCUGGACUUGAUUUAUGAUCUUACGCCUGAGAUGAUCAAGUAGAAGGAAGAGGAGAUGAAGAGACUGUGUGCAUAAUUGAAAUUGUCUAAGUUGAUUGAAUCAUUGCCAAAUCAAUAUGACACUUAGAUGGGAGAUUAAGCAAGUAAGAUGUGCUAGAGUAUUUAGAUAAAUUUUCUGGAGGUGAGAAAUAGAGGUUAUAAAUUGUAAGAUGUUUAUUGAGAGGAGCCAAAAUAUUAUUAUUGGAUGAACCUACAUCAGCUCUGGAUCAAAACAACGAGUAAUUCUUCAUUGAAACUUUGGAAUAAGUGUUAAAGAUUCAAGAUCUGACAGUUUUGAUUAUUACUCAUAGAUUGCAUUUGACUAAAGUAGCAGACAAGAUUCUGUAUCUGGGGAAGAAUUGUCAAUAUGAAUAUGUAACUUAAUUGAAUUCUAGAAUAGGGAACUCAUGAUGAAUUGAUCAAGAACCAUCAGUCUUAUAACAAGUAUUGGGAAGAGUAUUAGAAAUAAUGAACAUUCGAUUAUAUUUAC